UAGAUUUCUAAUACAACUGAAAAUAGUGAAAUAAUAUUAGAAACCAUUACAUCUCUUCGAUUUAUGCAGCGAUAUUUUCGACCUAUAUUUUUGGGAGUCCAGCUGUCGGGGUUUAUUAUUCGGUGUCACUUAAACAUGGCCACCGUAAAGAGUACGAUACAACUUUAAUUUUUUGACCAGAUAGAACUCGCCAUUUAGCCACCGUUUUUUUUUUUUAUAUAGUUAGUGUAAAAAAAUCUGUUUUUAUGUUUUGCUGAACACUCAUGUUAGUCUUUCCGGAUAGUCCGCUCCGCCAGCUAGGGCAUCUCGCUCUCUGUCGCGGCUAAAGAAAAUAGAACCAGUUGGCAAGCAAAGCGAACGGUCUUGAGCUAGCAAGCUAGCUCGAGCAACUAGCCAUUGCAUCGUUUGUUUUUGUCGUAAGCAUUGGCUUUCUUGUGAAGAUUUUGUGACGUUUUCUCUUGAAGACUGCUUGGAAUUUGUGCCUGCUUUGGAUUAUGGAUAUUGGCUACACCUUCCCCCUAUAAUAAUAGUUAGCAAAGGAUGAAGUGUGAUAGUUAGCUAAACAUUUUAUUUGUGCGACGACAGCUGUCAUUUGGAGAAAGGAAAGUGAUCCAUCAUGCGUUUGCAAUGAAGCUGAUCUCUACUGGAUUUACAUUUUGCAUCCUUUUUUCAAAUGGGUGAUGUUAACGUUAAACAUCGGAUUAUUGGUGUAUGCGUUCAUGCUUUUUUUUAAACAGCGGUUGUAUUGCUUUCGUAGCUAACAUUGGCGUGGCCACCUAGCUAGUUAGCUACUUGUCGUACAGAACAGAAGACUGAGCUAGCUAACUUAUCUAACGUUAACUAGCUGACUGACAGUUGGCGAUAUCAUUCUUCCUCACAAAUACACUACAAAGUGAUAUAACUAUAUAUCUCUUACAAUUUUGGACAUGAAGAAAAUAACCUACUAUUCAUAGGGUUUAAAGAAUGUCAUCAGAGGAUAAGACUGUGGAGCCCUCUGACCAGGGACCCUCGCUGCCCUCCAGCAGUGCAGGGGCCACGUCCACAGGAAGCCCUGCCCAGACAGACAAGCGCCCCAGGGGCAGGCCUCGCAAGGAUGCCACCACCGCCAUUGCACCCCAGGCGCCACCCACAUCCAAGACCAGGAAGAAGGGGCGUGCAAGAGGGAGAGCGGUUGUGGUGGAGGAGGAGGAGGAGGAGGAGGACAGCAGCAUGGACGGGACGGAGGCUGCCACCUCAGAGAGCCCCCCUCAUGACACAACAGAUACUCCAGCCCAGCAGCAGGUGGACAGUGUGGAGGUGGUUACCACUGAGGGUCUGGGGGAGGCGGAGGAGAAGCCCCACUCUCCCCACGUCCAGAGCCCUCAGACUGGGGAUGCAGCCGAGCCCUCCGCCCCUGGCCCUGCUACCACCAGAGGAGCCAAAAGCAGUGAGCAGCUCUGUGCCUUCUGUUACUGUGGCGGCUGCAGUCUGCUGGGUCAGGGGGAUCUCCGAGUGUUUGACUCCUCGCCUGGACACGAGCGCAACGCGACAGGAGGAGUAGGCCAGGCCAACGACCACAGGAAGGCCAGUAAAGGCAGCGCCGACAGCGGUGGUGAGAGAACCACUCAGCCCAGCGACUCGGCCGGAGAGGCCAGCUCAGGACAGAGGGGCACACAGAAUGGAGCUGAGCGCUAUGGGGAGUUACCAGACCCAGACAAGGCAAGCAGGUUCUGGGAUGAGCUGUCUCACGUGGGCCUCCCAGGAGACGUGGACGUCCAGUCUCUCUUUGAGGAGUCGGGGCAGUGCUGGGCGCAUCACCGCUGUGCGUUAUGGUCGCAGGGUGUGUGCGUGGGCGAGGGACAAUCACUGCUCAACGUGGACAGAGCCAUCGACUCAGGGAGCACAGAGCACUGUGCAUACUGUAAGCGCCUUGGAGCCUCCAUCAAGUGCUGUGCUGAAGGAUGUGCUCAACUGUACCAUUACCCAUGUGCGGGGGCGGCAGGGACUUUUCAGGAUAUCAGGAGUCUCUCCCUCCUCUGUCCGGAUCACAUAGAACUGGCCAUCAGCAGAUUUCCAGACGACUUUAUCUGUGCACUGUGUGACAGCCCUGGGGAGCUCCUUGACCAUCUCUUCUGUACCAGCUGUGGGCAGCACUACCACGGGGCCUGCCUGGACAUGGCUGUGACCCCGCUGAGGAGAGCUGGCUGGCAGUGCCCAGAGUGCAAGGUCUGCCAGGCCUGCAAGAACCCAGGGGAGGACGAUAAGAUGUUGGUGUGUGACAUGUGUGACAAAGGCUAUCACACUUUCUGUCUGCAACCGGCCAUUGAAGACAUCCCUACCAACGGAUGGAGGUGUAAGAACUGCAGAGUGUGUGUCCAGUGCGGCACCAGGACCAGCGGUCAAUGGCACCACACCAGUCUACUGUGUGAGACCUGUGUCCAACAUCAGGACCCCGACCUUAGCUGUCCGCUGUGUGCCUGUAUCCUGGACCCAGAGCACCACAAAGACCUGCUGUCCUGCCACAGCUGUAAAAGAUGGCUCCACCUGGAAUGUGAGCGCCAGUCGUCAGGUCAAGCAGACAUCCAGCCCAGCCAGGGCUAUGUGUGUUCAAGCUGUAGGCCUACUGGGUCACUACCACAACAGGCCCCACCACAGGUAGAGGAGGAGGUGGUGGCGGAGAAGGACACAGGAGGCCUAGAGCUGAGCCCACAGACUGCUACUCAGAGCCACACAGACUCAGAACCGGUGGUUCUAAUGCAUACAGAUCUAGAACCUGGUCUGCAGCCGCUGAGAUCUCCUUCUCCAGUGCACAAUGAUCCAGAACUGGAAUUACAACCAGUUCCAAUGCACACAGAUACAGAACCAGAGCCAAAGCCUAUUCAAGCCACCGCCACUGUCUGUGAGAACGGCCAUGAGGAGAGGCAGCCACAGCAGGCUACAUCAGACCAGCAGCCCGGCGUCUCAGUGGGAGCUGCUGCUGUGGAGCAAGGGACUGAUGAGGUGUCUGUCAACAAGGACCUGAGCCAGUUACAUCCAGAAAUGCAACCAGCAGGGGAGACCCAGGUUCCUUCAACAGAGAGUCCUGAGUCUCCCAGGCUGACCAAGCAGGAUCCUGAGAAACAACCCCUGCCAGCCAAGGUGUCAAGCGAGCCAGAGCAGCCACAGGAUAUAACAACAGGACUGACCAAGCCAGUAAAGACAAAACCCUCCUCUGAAAAUAGGGCGGUCAAACCCAGCACAGAGGACAUCAUGGCCAUGACCCCACCCACCACCACCAAAGAACCAAGUACUGUGUCCGUAAUCAUCAAGGAAGAACCCAUGGAGGUGUCAGCUUCUGAUAAUUCAGGAGUAGAACAAGUGGAAGGUCCUUCUAGUCUGGAGACAGCAGUGAAGGCUAGGAGGGAGAGGAAAGGGAAAUGUAUGUCUGGGGUACUGGCUGGUGGGGUUUUGGCAGGGGUCUGCGCCUUGGAAGAGAUGGACACCACCCCCGAGACUGAGAGCAAGCCUAACCUCUCCCACCUCAGUCCCCCCAUCGAAGAAAAGCCCUACAAGACAUCUAUGGAAAGACUGGCAGAGAUGGCUGCCUCCCCUACCCACUCCUCCCCUAGGACCAUGGGGCCCUCUCCCAGGGAGCCUCCCCACCACGCCCACCCUACCCUGGGGGAACACAGCAGCAGCGUCCCCUCCACCACACUCAUACCUCUCACCCCUAAGAUCGGCAUGGGCAAGCCAGCCAUCUCCAAGAGGAAGUUCUCCCCAGGCAGACCCAGGGUGAAGCAGGGCGCAUGGCAUGGGAGCCCCCAUAGCAGUGUGAGCUCCCCCUCCUGGUCUCCAGACCAGCCAGAGGGGUGGAACGUCCCAAACACCAGGCAGCUCUCCCCCGGCUGCGGCAGCCCUGGCUGGAGCAUCAGAGUGGGUCGAGGGUCAGGCUUCUCUGGGAGGAGGAGACCCAGAGGGGCUGGUCUGUCGGGCAGAGGGGGUCGGGGCCGAGCGAGGGGGAAGAAUGGAGCCAAUUCUACAGUCAACCCUGGGGUCACCACCAUGGAAUCACCAUACCAGGUGAAGGAGGAAGAGGAGAAUGCCAUGCAUAACACCGUGGUCAUAUUCUCCAGCAACGACAGCUUCACAUUGAAACAGGACAUGUGUGUAGUGUGUGGGAGUUUUGGGCUGGGUGCAGAGGGUCGUCUUCUGGCCUGCGCCCAGUGUGGGCAGUGCUACCACCCCUUCUGUGUUGGCAUCAAGAUCACCAAGGUGGUGUUGAAUAAAGGCUGGCGCUGUCUGGAGUGUACGGUGUGUGAGGCGUGCGGCCAGGCCACCGACCCGGGCCGUCUGCUGCUGUGUGACGACUGUGACAUCAGCUACCACACCUACUGCCUGGACCCUCCGCUGCAGAACGUGCCCAAGGACAGCUGGAAGUGCAAAUGGUGUGUGUCCUGUACCCAGUGUGGUGCCACCUCACCAGGCCUGAGGUGUGAGUGGCAGAAUAAUUACACCCAGUGCGCCCCCUGUGCCAGCCUGGCGACGUGCCCCUUCUGUCUCCAGGACUACAGCGAGGGCGAGAUUGUGGUGCAGUGCCGCCAAUGCGACAGGUGGAUACAUAGUUCCUGCCAGGGUCUCCAUUCAGAGAAGGAUGUGGAGAAAGCAGCAGACAGCAGCUUUGACUGCACCAUGUGCCGAGUCCACAAAACCUCCAAGGCGCUAGUGUCCAAGGCCAGAGAGUCCAUUGAGCCGGCAGUUAUGACGCAGAUUCUCACAAAGGCUAAAGAAAUGGACUUGGUGAGGACGUACACUCAGGACGGCGUGUGUCUGACUGAGUCGGGCCUGUGUCAGCUCCAGAGCCUGACGGCCCCUGCAUCGCGGCGGAGGAAACCCAAGCCCAAGCUGAAGCUGAAGAUCAUCAACCAGAACAGUGUUGCAGUGCUGCAGGCCCCCCUGGACAUGCUGUCAGAACACUCCCGGGAUGAGGACAUGGAGGACAACAGAGAGGCGGACCUCUCUCUGGACUGUGAGGGGAAGUCUGACUCGAGCCCAGAGCGAGAGCCAGCAGAAGAUGAGUCCAAGGGGGCAGACGGCAGCAAGAAGAGGAAGAGGAAGCCGUACCGGCCGGGCAUCGGUGGUUUCAUGGUGCGCCAGCGGAGCCGUCCAGGCCAGGGCCCAGGCAAGGCCAAACGAUCCCUGAGCAGGAAGGAUUCUUCUGGCUCUGUCUCUGAACCACCCACAGGAAAGGAGGAGGGCUGGGGAGAGACGCUGCCUGACACCCCUGUGGAUGAGACGCCACCUGGGCCGGAUGUCCCAGAGAAGAUCAAGAAACGCUACAGGAAGAAGAAAACCAAGCUUGAGGAGGCCUUUCCCACCUACCUGCAGGAGGCGUUCUUCGGUAAGGACCUGCUGGAUAAGAGCAAGCAGAGCAGGCAGCAGGCGGUGGCGUCUGGGCUGCUAGAGGAGGGCCAAGCUGGGGCUGGAACUGGGCCCCAGGGGGACAGGAAGCAUCCCACCACCAGCAUCCUGGACCCAUCCUCAGAUCCCCUGCUCAGUGCUGCCUCAGCCUCGUCCAGACCAGCCGGACCACAGCCCUCUGAGGAACCUCUAGUGGAUCUGUCUGAGGUUCUCAACACAGAUGCAGACCUCCUGGGAAUGCUGGGGAAGCAGACUGGUGACUCUGGUCUUGAUUUUUGCCCUUUCCAGGUCGACUCCUCACCUCCUCCUUUUGCUGGUCUGGACAUUGGACCCCUGACAGACCGCUCCCCAGCACGCCCCCAUUCUCAGUCCGGCCGCCGGACUCCCCGUACGCUCCCAGAUGAACAUCUGGACGGGAUCCUCAGCCCAGAGCUGGAGAUGGCUGACGAAUCGAUUCUCAGCAAACUAUACAAAAUACCAGAGCUGGAGGGUAAGGACGUGGAGGAUCUCUUUACUGCCGUCCUGAGCCCCAGCACCAGCACCAGCCAUCCACCACAGAUGCCUCAACCCCAAGGCCCACCUGGGGCACCAGGAACCAGCCUGACACACCCUCACGCAGGGAAUGCCAUUUUUCCACGGAUGCCAAUGAUGAACGGGCUGAUGGGACCUAACCAACGAUUCCCUCUGAAUCCAUCCAAUCCCGGAGCAGGACCCUGUAUCCCAGACAAUUUCUCUCCCCUCCACCGCAUGCCUUUCGCUGACAAUCCAAGGGACAGGAAGUUUAAUCAGAUGGCCAGAGAGGCAGUGGGUCCGUGGCAGGGGGCUCCUGGUCUUGUCCACAGUGGCCCAGGCCCCACCCCUCCUCCUGGGCCCGGGGCUGAGGGGGGCGAGGCGGAGGCCAUGUCCAACGCCCAGAGGAGCACACUGAAGUGGGAGAAGGAGGAGAUGCUGGGGGAGCUAGCCACUGUGGCCCCCGUCCUUUACACCAACGUCAACUUCCCCAGCCUCAAGGAUGAGUUCCCAGAUUGGUCUACAAGGGUCAAACAGAUUGCAAAGCUAUGGAGGAAAGCAAGUUCUCAAGACAGGGCCCCAUAUGUGCAAAAGGCAAGGGACAACCGGGCUGCUCUGCGCAUCAACAAGGUCCAGAUGUCCAACGAGAGUCUGAAGAGGCAGCAGUCGCAGCAGCUUCCGCUGUCCCAGCAGCCCCCCGCCUCACUGCAACUCCCCGACGAGGUGUUUGACCCCAACAUACCUCUAGACACAGACUUGCUCUUUAAGGACCCUUUGAAACCCAAAGAGUCAGAGCAUGAGCAAGAGUGGAAGUUUAGACAGCAAAUGAGACAGAAAAGCAGGCAGCAAGCCAAGAUCGAAGCCACCCAGAAGCUGGAGCAGGUGAAGAACGAGCAGCUGCAGCAGCAGCAACAGCAGUCAGGCAGCCAGUCGGAGGGAGACGGUAACAACAGCGGCAACCAGAGCCCUUCCUCCCAGCACGGCAGCAACGGCAGCAUGUCCCCCAUGCAGCACAGCACCGGAGGUAAAGAGGGCUUCCUCCGACCUCAACUCCCAGGGACGCCCACCUCAGGGCCCCCCGAAGACGUGUUCCUGCGGCCCCCUCCUCCCCCUCCCUCAGGGGGGUCCUCUCAGCCCCAGUCCCCCCAGGUGUUCUCCCCAGGCUCCUCCGGCUCCAGACCCUCCUCUCCCUGGGACCCCUACGCCAAGAUGGUGGGCACCCCCAGGCCUCCGACCCUAGGUCCCGGCGCAAGUCGCAGAAUGUCCAUGGAGUCUGGCAAGUCUCCCACCUCUCUGAUGGAUCAGCAGGACAGAGGGAGGCUCACAUCUCCCGCUCAUGAGGCUUUUGGUUCGCCCACGUCCAUGAGUAGGGAGAUGGAUCCCUAUGCCAAGCCCCCUGACACCCCCAGGCCUGUUGCUGCGGACAUGGACCCCUUCCUAAAGCCUAUGGGCCCACCCAGAGUCAACCAGGGUCCCCAGGGGAGGCCCCCGAUGGGCUCUCCAAUAAGGGGAGACCCUUACUCCAGACCUAUGAUCCGCCAAGAGGCCUACCAACGGAUGGCUCAGAACAGGAUGAUCCUGUCAGACCCUUACUCCAGACCUCUACUAGCUCCCAUCCCGGGAAGCAACGAGCAGGGCUCAGUCCCUCAGUCUCUAUUCAAGACCCCCAUGCCUCCGCCCCAGGCCCAGGACCCCUUCAACAGACCGAUGGGACACCUGUCAGACAGAUUCUCUCAGCAGGGAGACCCCUACUCUCAGGCCUCUCCUACUCCACGACCCCACGACAGCUUCACUAGUCCACCCAGGAUGGCCCAGCACCAUUCCCAGGGCCACGCCUUCCCCCAGACCGGCCCAAUGGCACAGUUACCCAACCGAAACCCUUACGUCCAUGCUCCCUCUACCCCAAGGCCUGACCAUUUCACGUAUGACCCAUUCGCCCAGCCCACUGGAAACCCAAGACCCUCCUCAGACCCCUAUGUUCAGGUGUCAGGUACCACUCGACCCAUGAAUGACCCCAGUGGCCAACUUCCUGGAAACAGACCGUUCUUUGAGUCCAGCUACGCUCGACCUCCAGGCACUCCUCGCCCACACGACAACUACGGCCAGUCCUCGGACCCUUACUCCCAGCAGCCCAACACUCCUCGCCCUGGCCCUGGCAUGAACCAGUUCCACCACCCUCACCCACACCCCCAAGCAGCUGGUCAGAGGUUGUCCCCCGGGCACUCCAUGGACCCCUACGCCCAGCAACCUGGUACCCCUCGGCCCCCCAUGGGAGAUAGGUUCUCCAAGUCCCCAGGCAGCCAGAGGCUGGCCCCCAUGGAUCCCUACGCUAGCCAACCUGGAACCCCCAGGCCUAUGAGUGGUGACAUGUUCAACCAGACCCUCAGGCCCAUGCUAAGUAACCCGUACGCCCAGGCUCCAGGAACCCCCCGGCCAGGGAUUGGGCCUGACGGGCUGGGCAGGCUGCAGGGGCAGAGGCCUGGUCCCAUGGGAAACCAGCAGGACCCUUUCUCCCCUCAAGGCGUUAGGCCCCAAGACGCUCCCUUCCCGCACCCUGGGUCACAGACACCAAAGCAUCACGGUGGGAUGGCCGAUGAUGGAUUCUCUCCGUCGCCGUCCAGACGGCCCAACCAGACGCCUGUCCAUGAUCCUUAUGAGCAGGCACCCGUCACCCCCUGUCCACAGCCAGCAGAAAGACUGGCGAUGAAGGAGCAGCAAGGCCAGGACCUUGGAGGACAGUUGCAAAGACCUUCCCAGAUGCCUGGAACCUCCUCUGAGGUUCAGAGUGUCUCCCUGGCCGACAGUGAGGAUAGACUCAGACAGCGUCAACGCAUCCGAGAGCUGAUCCUGAAGCAGCAGCAGCAGAGGAGUGCCAUCCGCCAGGAGAAUGCUGGGAACAUGGCCCCUGGCACCCCUCAACCCUGGCCCCAUGAGGGCCACGGACAGCAGGGCGAGAUAUUCAGUCGGCCCCCUCCACCCUACCCUGGGCCAGGACCCAUGAGGUUCCCUGGACCCUUCCCAGGGGACCAGCGAGCCCCUUUCCCUAACGAGGUCCAGUUUCCCAGAGGACAACAUCCUGGGGAUCCUAAUAUCAGACAUCAGGGGCCAAGGUUUGCAUUUCCACCUGGUGGGCCGGGACCUCAUGGAGGACAGGAGUUCUUCCUCAGAGGCCCCCACCCCAUGCAGGACAUCCACCUUGGGAUGAGACGCUCUAUGUCUGUGGACAUGGCCAAGUCCAUGGGGGGCAACCCCAACCCUAUGGGGCUGCCACAGCAUUUCCCUCCUCGCGGCUUGCCAAUGCAGCAGCACAACAUCAUGGGUCAGCCUUUCAUCGAGCUGAGACACAGAGCCCCUGACAGCAGGCUUCGCCUCCCCUUCGGGCCCAACGCCAUGGAUCAAUGUCCCAAAAUUGAUCCCAACCUCCAGCCCCAAAGGCCUCCUGGUUUCAUGGGAGGGCCUGAGUUCAGGUUCCCUCCAGGUAUGAACCAAGAUGGCCCCAGGAUGAUGAUGGAUUCCAUGGGGAACCAGCAGGUUGGCCAGAGCCAGCUGUCCUCCAGCAUGGAGAACCUCCACCAGCAGCAGCAGGCCCAGAUGCAAGGGGGCACCAUGCCCAGGCAAGCACAGCUGAUGAGAUCCAUGAGCCAGCCAGCUUCAAAUGAGACCCAGAGUAUGUCAGCUCCUUCCAUGAUGAUGCCAGGGACAUCAGAUGGACAUACUGAUGGUCAGGGAGUCUCCAUGGCUAACAACAACGAUGGAGUGGAGGAGAAACUGGACACCGUCGAAUCGGCUGUCAAAGACCUGGAAGAUGUGGAGGUGAAGGACCUGGUCGAUGCCGAUCUGGACAACCUAAACCUGGAUCCGGAAGAAGAAGACGGCAAAGACCUGGACCUGGAGACCAACGAUUUGCACCUGGACGACUUCCUGACGUCGGGGAAGUUCGACAUCAUCGCAUACACGGACCCUGACCUGAACGACAUCAAGAAGGACAUGUUCAACGAGGAGCUGGAGCUUAGUGACCCCAUGGAAGACCACAGUGAUGCCUCAGACUUCCAGAAGGCUUUGACUGAGAAGAGGAACUUCAGCUCUAGCUAUGGUGGUGCUGCAUCUUCCUUCUCCAAUUUAACAUCUGGAAUGGGGAAGUCAGAGGGAACGGCCGAGAAGUAUUCCUCGUCAGUUGAGGUCAAACAGGAAGUGAGCUGUAGACAAAGCACCGCCUCCUCCCUGCCCUCUGAGCAGAAGAUCAAAAUGGUGGACGAAGACAACCUGUCCCAGACGUCCAAUGAGAGGACGGACCAGCAAGCAGACGGAAACACUAACAACCAAUCAGGAGUGCUCUCUGACUCCACCCCAGUCCUCUCUAGCUUACUAAUCAAGCAGCAGCCAGAGGACUCCUCCUCUGACAAUCAAGGCAGUGGUAACUCUAUGGCACAGCCAAACCAAGAUGCUCAGAACAACUCUGGACUUACUAUGGGAUCCCAAACCAUGGAUCCCACUAAAAGGGGAGAAGAAGAAGGAGAAACAUCGAUGUCAACCUUUGAGAUGGACCAGAGUGGGUUGACCCCGGCUCAGCAGGCCCUGUUGGCCCAGACGUUGGGCCAGGCGGGGCCAGGGGGGCACAGACCGCUGCUGCUGGAGGAGCAGCCCCUCCUCCUGCAGGACCUGCUGGACCAGGAGAGGCAGGAGCAGCAGCAGCAGAGGCAGAUGCAGGCCAUGAUCCGACAACGCUCCUCCAGUGACUCCUUCUUCCCCAACAUCGAUUUUGACGCAAUCACUGACCCUAUUAUGAAAGCAAAGAUGGUCGCUCUGAAAGGCAUCAACAAAGUCAUGGUUCAAAACAACAUGGGAAUGACACCGAUGGUCAUGAACAGGUUUCCACCUGUCGCUGCAGCACCAUGUCCUGAAAGCACCUCUGCUCCUCCACAGGCUGUUGGACAGGAUGGCAAGCUGACACCUGUGGUGGCAAGGCCCAACCCUCCCAAUUUUGGUUCAGGUUUUGUUAACAAUGCUCAGAAGGCUCAGUACGAGGAGUGGCUUCAGGAGACCCAGCAGCUGCUCCAGAUGCAGCAGAAGUUUCUGGAGGAAAAGAUCGGAGCCCACAGGAAGUCCAAGAAGGCCCUGUGUGCCAAGCAGCGCACGGCCAAGAAGGCUGGGAGGGAGUUCGCUGAGGAGGACGCAGAGCAGCUGAAACAUGUGACAGAGCAGCAGAGUGUAGUCCAGAAACAGCUGGACCAGAUCCGGAAGCAGCAGAAAGAGCACGCUGAGCUCAUCGAGGAGUAUCAAGUGAAGCAGCAUGGUGGUAGUGGAGUGCCUUCCACUGUGAUGCCAGCAGCUGUGCCAGGAAUGCCACCAAUGCAGGGUGUCCCUGGCCCUGGUGGCCAGGUACCAAGCGGGCCUCCGAUGAACCAACAGCCACCUAUGAACCCAAUGAUGCAUCAGGUGCCACUCCAUCCAGGCCAGCCAAACGCCCCUCCACAACGCAUGCCGAUAACCAACCAACCAGGCUGGCAUCCUGGAGCUCCCAUACCCAUGGGCGGCCCCAAUAUACCCCCUCUCAUGCCCCCUCAGGUUCCCAUGGGAAACCCAGCUCAGCAGCCCCCCCAGAUGCCCCAGCAGAUGCCUACCCAAAUGCCCCAGCAGAUGCCCAUGGAAAACCAACCACAGCCUCAGGCUCAACCUGGUGGGGUCAAACCCCCACAGGGUUCUGGUCUGAAGUUUGACGACAACAACCCGUUCAGCGAGGGCUUCCAGGAGAGAGAGCGAAGGGAGAGGCUGAGAGAGCAGCAGGAGAGGCAGAGGGUCCAGCUGAUGCAGGAGGUAGAGCACCAACGGGUCCUGAAACAACGCAUGGAGAUGGAACAGGAAGGCUUGCUGGGGCCCGAUGGGGGGAACAUGGUGCCCAUCUCUCAGAUGCUGUUCUUCAAUGCCGAGCUGCCCCAGGACUUCAUGCAGCCACAGAGGCUGUUCCCCCAGCAGCAGCCCAUGCAGCCAGGGAUGGGCUCUCCUCCCGGGGCCUACAUGCAAGGCGGUGACCGGAGGGCCAUGAUGGGUAACGGGAUGCUUCCUCAGGACAUGGGGCCUGGUGGUUUUGGGCCUGACACCAUGGGUCUACAGGGAGGUAACUUCUCCCAGGGUCAACCCAGACCCAGGAGGUUCAGUGGGCCAGGCAUGAUGCCUCAGAUGCCCGGGGAAGGCCCUCCGUUUGGCGGAGACUCCUCCACCACACCGCUGCCUUCCAACUUCCCCGGCUCGGGUCAGUCUCUGAUCCAGCUCUACUCCAACAUCAUCCCGGACGAGAAGGGGAAGAAGAAGAGGAACAGAAAGAAGAAGACAGACAACGACGACGCAGAUUCGAUCAAAACCCCGUCCACGCCGCACUCUGACCUCACAGCCCCUCUGACGCCCUGCCGGUCGGACACAUCCUCCACACCCACCAGGAACAACGCCCACCUCUUUGGGGACCAGGACCUCUCCAGGUCCCCCUUACUGGGCUCCUCCACCUCUACCCACAGCCACUCUGAGCUGGAGAGGCAGCUCUCUGGAGGAGGCUUGGGGAUGGGUGGUGUUGGGCAGCCUGGAGGGAUGAGCAGCCUCCCAUCAGACAUCGCCCUAGCCAGGGCCCAGGCUCUGGAGCAGGAGCGCAUCCUCAGCAACAUCAAGCUGGAGCAGACUGAGAGCACCGAGUGCGCCUCAUCCGACAUGUGCUCAGGGAUGGGCAUGGUGAAGGAGGAGGGUAGACCUGCACCACAGAGCCCCUCGCACGGCGGGGGAGCCAAGGGGGAGUCUGGGGGUAAUAACGAGCUCCUCAAACACCUGUUGAAGAACAAGCAGACACCUCUUAAUGGACCAGGGCUUCCCCCCCAACGGUCAGACGAGAGCCUGAGGUCUGAAGAGGAGGAGGCGGCUGCAGACUGCAAGGCCCUGCUGCUGAGGCAGAGCUCCAUGGACAGCAAUGGGGCGUAUUCAGACGGACAGCUGUCUGGCCUGCCAGAGUUUCCAGGACCGCUGCUAGCAGGACAGGAGAAGAAGAAAGGCAGAAACAAGAGGACCCCCAAGGGAGGGGAGAGGCCUGCCUCUCGCUACAAGAAGAGGAAGAAAGAGGGGGAGGAGAAGCAACUGGUGCAUUCUAGCACAGAUGCACUAAUGACCCAGCUAAAACAGCAGCUGUCCCUUCUGCCCCUCAUAGAGCCCCUGAUAGGGGUGAACUUUGCCCACUUCGCCCCCUAUGGCAGCGGCCAGCUCAACGGGGAGAACCAUCUGUCUGGGACCUUUGGUAGCGCCGCUUUGGACGGAGUCUCAGACUACUACUCCCAGCUAGCCUACAAGCAGAACAAUCUGAGCAACCCCCCUACCCCGCCGGCUUCCCUUCCUCCGACUCCUCCACCUGUGAACCGACAGAAGAUGAUCAAUGGCUUCGCCACCACAGAAGAGCUGGCCAGCAAAGCUGCUGCUAUGGUGUCUAAAGGUCUGGUCCCCAAGCCGCUCCACGUCCCGUUCAGGACCGAGGAGGACCUGCUGGCGCGGGCCAUCGCUCAGGGACCUAAAACUGUGGACGUGCCAGCCUCCCUCCCCACGCCCCCUCACAACAACCAGGAGGAACUCAGUAACAGGCUGGGACAAGAGCAUUGUAAGGAUCGGGACACACCAGACAGUUUCGUCCCCUCCUCGUCUCCUGAAAGUGUGGUUGGCAUGGAGAUCAGCCGCUACCCAAACCUGUCAUUGGUGAAGGAGGAGCCUCUCUCCCCCGUCCUCCCCAUGCUCCCUGCACCCUGGGGGAAAGGGUUAGAGGUUAGGCUGAAGACUGAGCUCAAGACGGAGCCUUCUGGGAUGUUCUUCGGCUCCCAUUUUGGCCCAGCAUCUAACGACACUAAGCCAGGCCUGGUGUCUGUAGCCAUCACCCUGAGACCAGCUGCCGCAGAGAACAUCACAGGUGUUGUAGCAGCCAUCUCAGACCUGCUGUGUGUGAAGAUACCCAGCAGCUAUGAAGUCAGCAGCACCCCAGGCCCAGAGAGGGGGCCCCUGGCCAUGCUGAGCGGCCUGAGGCUGGGCCCCCAGGGAGAUCUCGAGCACCGGCCGGGCGCCCCAAUGAUAUACCCGGGCCGUGGUGGUGCUGGGGAAAUGGAGGGCCCGCACCCUCAAGGAGCCCCAGGCCAGCUCAUUAGUUCCGGGGGAGGAGGAGGACCACAGCAGGGGAUGAUGAUGAUGCAACAGCAGCAGGGACAUCCGCAGCAGCACAUCCGCUUCCACCCUGACGGACCAGGUCCAGCUGCAGUCAGAGGCCCCCAUCAGAAGAUCCCCGGCAGCCCAGGCUCCAAGCCCCAGUGGUGCUGUCACUGCAAGGUGGUGGUGCUGGGAAAUGGAGUCUGCAAGUCCAUCAAAGACCUUCCAGUGCACAAACAGGAACAGGAAGGUCUGUUGCGUUCCGAGGGAAACUUGGUAUUCUGCAGCCACAGCUGCUUCCUCCUCUACUCUGCCUCCACCUCCUCCUCCUCCUCCUCGCAGUCCAGAAACACUACAGAUACUAAGGACUCGGUGGCCCUCCUGUCUCCAGACUCAGACCAAAAGGAGAGCCUGUCUAAAGCCCAGCACCAGUACAGCAACAACAUGUCCUCUCUGGAUGUCCACUGUCUGGCCCAGCUCCAGCCCAAGCAGUCCCCUCGCUCCACCCCACCCAUCCCCUUCCCUCUAGCCAGCGACACCCCUAAGACUCCUAAGACAGAGGACAAGUCAGACACCAUCAAAGUGACUGUGAAACUGAAGGCGCGGGGCCCCAGGGCCCACCAGGAGGGCUGGCACCAGGGGAAGAGACACAAGGGUCUCCGCUGGAGGAAGUGGACGGUGCAGGUGGUGGUGCCUAGAGGAAGCUCCCAGCUCCCUGACGAGGACCAGAUAGACGAGCUGCUGAGGAAGCUGGGAGCAUCUCUCCGCCCUUGGGCCAGUCUCAGGGACCAGCGCCGCUGCUGCUUCUGUCACCAACUGGGGGACGGGGUCACCGACGGCCCUGCCCGCCUCCUCAACCUAGACCUGGAUGUGUGGGUGCACCUCAACUGUGCCCUGUGGUCCACCGAGGUGUACGAGACGCAGGCGGGCGCCCUGAUCAACGUGGAGCUGGCGCUGAGGCGGGGUUCAGCGGUGCGCUGUGCCUACUGCCAGCAGAUGGGCGCCACCAGCGGCUGCCACCGCCUGCGCUGCACCAACAUCUACCACUUCACCUGUGCCCUGCAGGCACACUGCACCUUCUUCAAGGACAAGACCAUGCUGUGCCACGCCCACAGGCCCAGAGGCUCUGGCUCCGCCCACGGUGGCUCUGGCCACGUCCUAGAGCACGAGCUGCGCUGCUUCGCUGUGUUCCGCCGCGUCUACGUACAGAGGGACGAGGUGAGGCAGAUGGCCAGCGCCGUGCAGCAGCCCGAGCUGGGCUACACCUUCAGAGUGGGCAGCUUGGUACUGCACGCCGUGGGUCAGCUCACCCCGUCCCAGAUGGCCGCCUUCCACUCCACCUCCGCCAUCUUCCCCGUGGGCUACGAGGCCUGCCGCAUCUACUGGAGCAUGCGCCACGGCAACCGCCGCUGCCGCUACCUGUGCUCUGUGGAGGAAAGGGAGGAGCAGCCGGAGUUCAGCAUCCGCGUCAUCGAGCAGGGAUACAAGGACCUGGUCCUCACUGACUCCACCGCCAAAGGAGUGUGGGAUAAGGUCCUGGGACCAGUUGCUGAAAAGAGGACUGAAAUAGGAACUCUGAAACUCUUUCCUGUCUAUCUGAAAGGAGAGGACCUGUUUGGGCUCACCGUCUCUGCAGUCACCAAGAUCACUGAAUCGCUCCCAGGGGUAGAGGCCUGUGACAGGUACACCUUCCGUUAUGGACGUAACCCUCUGAUGGAGCUGCCCCUGAUCUUCAACCCCUCUGGCAGCGCCCGCGCCAUGCCCAAAACCAGCUCCCCUUUCACUGCCGUUGUCAUAAGGCCCCAGCCAGUAUCCAGCAGCACCAGUACCACCUCCAGGUGCCAGAACACAGCCCAGGGGGAGGGAGGCGUCCCCUACACCAAGCCCCCCACGGUGCACCAUAGGUCCUCUCAGUACCGCUGGAUGAAGAGUGAGUGGAGGGCCAACGUCUAUCUCGCUGCCUCCAAGAUCCAGGGCCUGGGUCUGUAUGCAGCCAGGGACAUAGAGAAAAACACCAUGGUGAUUGAGUACAAUGGAACCGUCCUCCGCAACGAGGUGGCCAUCAAGAAGCAAAGGACUUACAAGUCUCAGAAUCGUGGAGUGUUCAUGUUCCGCAUCGACAGUGAACGUGUUGUUGAUGCCAGUCAGACAGGAGGUCUGGCAAGGUACAUCAAUCACUCUUGUACCCCGAACUGUGUCGCUGAGGUGGUAACCUUUGAAAGAGGUUAUAAAAUCAUCAUCACCUCCAACCGCAGAAUCGAGAAAGGAGAGGAGCUGUGUUUCGACUACCAGUUUGACUGUGUGGACAGCCAUCACAAGAUUGCCUGUCACUGUGGAACAGCAGAGUGCAGGAAAAGGAUCAACUGAAAAAAAACUAAAAUGACAUCAACAAAUGCAUUCCUUUCCAUAUUAUGCAGAUGCCCUGAUCUCUGUGUAGACAGAGAGGUGCUUCAGACUGUCCUUUUUUAGAACGAGUGGAAGACCUGAGUAAACCCUGAGAGCGAUGCAUGGAUGGAGUCCCAUGUUUGAAACAGACUGAAGAUGGAGAGGGUGUGGAAAGAGGCGAGCAGUAAGCAGGAUGUGUGAUUUGUGCCAUAUUACGUGAGAGGCUAGGUUUUAUUGGAAGGCCUGUGUCAAUGAGUGUGUGUCUGUGUAUUAGUGAGAUAUACAAUAGAGCGCAGAAGAGAAUCCACCAGCGAAUGAGAAGAGAGCACUGUGGGGCGCGGACCUUAUUGGUUGGUAAGGGCAGGCCCUUUUGUUUAAAACUUUAAAUGUAAAACCGUUUGACUAAAUGUAGAAUUCACUGAAUGGGGAAUGUACAGCAAUGACUACAGCGAAGGGAAUAUUAACUUGCACUAAAGAAAGAGACACGUACACACAACUUUAAGAUACUUGAUUCCAUGAGUCAGUUUUGUCAUAGAUUUCUGUCAUGUGAUUUGAGUGAAAUUCGUUUUGUAUUUAUUAUUGAGUGAAUGAAUUUUAUUCUCAAAAUGAUGAGACAGUAAAACGAAAGCUAAACUGAUAUUGUUUUCUGAAGAUUGAAGAAAUGCUCUUACUUUUGUAUAAAUGUAUAUAAAGAAAAAUAUAGGAAUAACCGACCAAAUACUACCUUAACCUUCUCGAUGUUUGGGUGUUUUGUUUUUUGUUUGUCAUUGCAAUUUAUUUAAGAAGGAUGUCAUGAUAUCAGUUUGAGAGUAUAUAUUAUGAUUAUUCUGUACAGAAUUUGUAAAAUAACCACAAUAAUUCAAAGUAUUUUUGGUUUAUUAAAAGUAUGGUAUUGUAGCGUAGUGUUUUUGUGAUUUACACGUACUUUGACCACUCAAAAAGAAAUAUUUUUGGUGACUAACCAGUGUAGAAACGAGUCAUUGGUUACAGAAUUUCAAAAUGGGAAAGACAUCAUUCUGACAUCUUUGCUGUUAAUCAGGUUUGAUUUUAUAGAACUGUGAAUAAGGUUUUUAAACCACCCAAACACACUUCACAAGCCACUUACAGUAGUUAGAAAAUGCAAAAUGUUUUGCGUGCACAAUUUCAAGUCGACUGUAACAUUUUGGAGACAGUCUUAGAACUUGUAAUGUAUAUGGCAUGUAUUUUUUUAACUUUCCGAAGACUCAAUUGUAUAUAUUUUCUCAAUGAAUGGUUGUAACAAAAUUAUUUCUUGGAUAUUUUUCUUCUCUUGUAUAAAAUGACAUCAUCCUGCCAGUGUGUUUGUGCUACAUUUUUCUUGGUCCUGUAAAGUAGUCAAUGUUUUUUGAAAACAGCCUUUUGAAGUGUACAGAGUAAUGAGGUUUGGAGUUUGUGUAAUUGAAUUUAGAAGCAUUUACAAAAUAAACUAUUUUACAUCUUAA